GCCUGGAGUGGCUUUAAAUUAGCUGCAGGGUCGAGAGAGUUUUAAAGAUCUUAGCAAUGUAAGUAGACGGGAAUUGAAGAUAUCUUCCCAGUUCUGUCGCUGCUUUUAAAGUUAAUUAUUUCCUUAUCCGCUCCAUUGAGUUUAGUGCCAAGAGUGGAAAAGAUUUCACGUCGAAAAAGCUGCUGAAAAGCAACAAAAAAGUGGGCUUCGUCGAUUUUAAGUGACAGCAUGGAAGACGAGGAAUGUAUAUAUGACCAGGUCAGGCAGCUUGUAGCUGUAUCCCCAAAGAGGACCCAAUAUGAUUCAAAAGAAAGUGUUAUUUUCGUCUUUAAUAUUCCUCUUCUCACCAAUGGGGGACCUUAUGAGGCUGAGUUCAAAGGUCAACAUCACUGCCUCAGAGUGCCUGCAAUGUUACUGAACAGCUGUACACUUCAGGUACAUGCGCCAGUGUAUUUUCCACCAGAAUCUACCACUGUUAGCAUAUACGACAAACUAAAACAGCACGAGUCUUCUAUCGCGCGAUGUUCUUUUGAGUUUUUUUCUCGAAGUCAACUCCUACAGGAAUUAUUAGAAAAAGCAAGUGAUCCAGUAAUGCUUCUUUGCGAUUCUCUCGGAGUUUCUUCGACUGACCUCAAAAUGUUUGAUGACGUUAUUGCCAAAAAAGUCAAGGAGAAGGCUCCCGAAGGAUUUAAUCUCCUCAAGAUCGCGCAAGAAAGAGCUCCUCCAAUAUCGAACAAUAAGUUUCCAACACUACUUCACCUUGGUGCGACUCACGGACUACCAUCAACUGUAGCAUUGUGCCUGCAAUACUGCCCAGCGGCACAUCAGGCAUGCCUCCUCAAGAAUGUAGAUGGCAACACGCCAAUAGAAAUAGCUCGAAAACUUGGACGCCACGAAAUAGCAAAGUGUCUCCAGAAUUUCCAGUCAAACAAAUGGACCGUCACAAAUAACAAUGAUCAAAGAGAAGAUGGAGUUCAAGAUGAUAAUGGCGAUAAUGAAGACAUUUACAUGGAGAUGCGUCCAAACAUGACUCCAGAAGACAAAAGCGAUGGAGAGUAUGACUAUGUAAGGAUGCCAGGAAUUGGAACCAACAGAAACCGGAUUCGGAUGACUCCUGAACUUCAGAGCGCAGUUUCGGUAGCAGAGAACGCAGUUAGAAUUAGCUGGAUAAAAGGUGAACUCCAAGAAGCAACGCUGAACGCAUUCAGACAGCUUAUUGAAAAUAGUAUUACAGAGAAUGCUGACAACUCGACCUACUCACUACCACGUGACCUAGGCCCGGCCUUGCCUCCCAAAUCCAACCACCUCAACUAUAAGAGACAUUCUAUACAUGAUAUACCCAACUCUGCCCCACCACUACCACCCAGAUCUCCACGGUCAGCGAAAUCACCACUAUUCUUCUUAGGUGACCAGGCUGAAAGACGUGGAUCUGAUCCAAGCAUCUUUCACAGGAUGCAGCCUCAUUUUACAGAUAAGCUGACAAUUAGUGAAGAAAAUGGCACAAUUCAUCAACCAAGCGCUGAUCAGCCUCCACAACUACCAGCUAAGACGAGAAGUCCUCUUUCUGCCACCCGCGGUCUUCGAAGUUUAACGAACGAGUGGAGUGGGUCAGAUCCAAAUCUCUCCCAUAGAUCUCAAGCCUACAGCGAUUUGAAUUCUCCGCCGAAACCUACUCAAGGUGUACAGCGUCGUUUUCCUGAUGGAUUCCUUCGUCCAAAGUCUUCUUCCAUUGAUGCCACUUCGCUGGGUUUAUCGCCCAGGCUUCCACCACGUAUUCCGAAACGCCACACGCGUUCUGCGAGUUGUGAACCAGAUUCUCCAGAGCAGAAUAUUGAAAGGAAUCGGACCUUCAGCGAGCCCAGAUAAACAAACGGAUUCGCAAUAAACUUUUUCACGUCAACCACUGACUGACAAGCCGGAGCCGAGUCUAGAAAGUCGUCGUUGAACUUCAAAACCUUUGUAACUUUUGUCUCCUUUAUAACUUGACAUAUUAUAUUAUUUAAUUCCCUCGACGGAUUAGUUUGAUGUAUGAAAGUUCUUAGGUUAAGAACCUGUCAACCUCUUUGUCUGUUUGAUUUGUUCAUUCUUUUAACCCCGUUUUUGCAUUUCCAGUCUGAAAAUUCACGGACCAGACCUUGCACGCAAGAAAGUACAUCGGUCUUAUGUUAUUUUGCAAGUACAGUGUACGGUCGAACCUCGAUUAUCCGGACUCGUGGAGAUUUGGUUUGAUGGUAUGGAUAAUAGAGAGCCCGGAUCUCGAACACGUGAACAAGUGUAUAAAUGUUCGUAAAUAAUGGACCUGAGAAGCAAGUUCAGAUAAUCGAUUAAAAAAUCCGAAUAAUCGAGGUCCGGAUAAUCGAUGUUUGACUGUAGAGCAUAUAACCUUCUCAAAUUCAUUAACAAUUCAUGAGGGCAACAGCCAACAAAUGAGGCAUAUUUGGGUCACAUUCAUGAACCUUGAUACCCAAUGAACACUCAGAUGAAAAUCUUGGGGGUUUUGAUCUGAGUUGAAACACGGUUUUGAUCUCAGAUUAAUCACUUGCAUUUUAAUGAGCAUUUUUCAAUAAUUAAUAGAUUGUGAACACCAAUAUUCCAAAACUGACCUGAAUAUUACUUCAGAAGCGGUCUUCGUUGGAUAUUUCUCACCCAACUUCUAAGCCACCUUCAUCGCAAACUUACAAAGUCAGUAAUUUAAGGUAACUGCAUCCAUUUCUUCAAUGCUGGUAGAAAGCUGUGCUUUCUAGGGCAAGAUUUCCAUAUUACCCCAUACUUCAUCAAGCAUUCAAUUCUUGGAUAUAGGAAAGCAGAGGCAAAACAACUGAUUUCCUCUGGGACUACGGCUUUGUUUUUGAUUCGUGAGAAGACACAUAGGGCUUGCGCUGUAAGUAUCUCGGAGAGCUCCAUACAAUUCUUUAUAAUAAAAUUAUAAGGAAUAGUAUGAAGCUCUCCGGGAUACUUACAGUGCAGUCUUCGUGUGUCUUCUCAUGGUAUGGGGUUAUACGGAAAUCUUUCCAAAAUUAUUACCGCCCAUUUGUUACUUACAUUUGGCAAACGAGCGAAUAGCUUUUUCGACGGACUCGCGUUCUCCCUAAACCGUUUUCGGCUCCCUAUAUCUUGCUGCACCAUCUUCACUCGUGGUCACACACCAACUAAACCAAAAUAAUUAAUCAUGCGUGCAUGUUUUGUUUUCAUUGUUUCGUUUGAGAAGUCGUCUCAAAAACUCGUGCUUCGUGUUUCAUCAGGGGCCCCAAACACCGAGAAACAGAUCAUACAUUCGCACUCGUUUAUGAUAUAUUACGUGAAAACGCUUUUAUUACAUCAAUACUACCUAAUCUUGCAUAAUUUUGUCAUUUGCUGGACUUCUUAUGGAUAUAUAGCAAUACGUAGUUGGGUUUAUCAACUGAGUUUGCAAUGCAAAUUAGCCACCGCAGAGCUUUAAAAACUCUUUAUGGUGGCUAGUUUAUGUUAUUGACUCGGUCGAUAAAACCAAAUUAUCGUAUUAUUGUCAUGCAACAUCAGUUUACCCCCUAUAUACCAACACAUUGUUCUGUUAGUUCAUUUUUUUUUCUCCAACUGAAAUACCAUUGUAAAAUAUAUCUUUCUGCUUCACCACUUGAUAAUACCACGAUAUGUAGCUAGGCAACUUUCUAUAGCCUAGGUAAUGGCCACUUUGAAAGCUUUACAUCGAAAAAUACAAAUAAGCUAGAAUAAAAUUCCAAUGGUCAUUUAAAUUCAGUCUGAUAAAAAAAAAAAAAGCUGUUUUCAUACAUGUACAUUCUAAGCCUAAAAGUAUGAAAUUCGUCCCACUAUUCAUUGUGAAUACCAAACAAUUUUCAUUAAAAUUUUCAUCAAGACUGA